CAUCUCAGGAGUAUAAGUACUUAAAACCCGUGAUCACCGAAGCACGAGCAGUCUUCUGGAACACGAGGCAGAACGAUGAGGACAAUCACGUUAGCGAAGGUAUUUGCAUCGUUCGGGGCGCUGGCCAUUGUCACAGAGUCUAUACAACGGGGCAGUCACGGAGUGGAGGCCUUCGAGAGAGACGCAGCUGGAGGCGGCUCGAGUGCUUUCUUGAGCUUCGGAGGCGGCGGAGGCGGCGGAGGCGGCGGCCCAGGGGAUGGAGGUUGCGCUGACGGAGGACAAUCAGGAGGCGGUGUUUCUGCGUCAGCCUUGGCGACUGCAAGUGUGGGCGUAGAACAGGGAGGAGGAAGAGGAAGAGGUGGAGGAGAAGGGGCAGAAGGGGGAGGCGGUGGAAGAGGAAGAGGUGGAGGUGGAGGUGGAAGAGGAAGAGGCGGGGAAGAUGGAUUAGAACUAGGGGGCGGAAGUUUUGGAGCGGACAGAUCUGGAAGCUCGGUUGUUGGUGUCGGAGUAGGUGUUGGAGGUGGGGAAAGUGGUGGUAGAAGUGAUAGCUCUGGAAGACAAUCAAGUGGAUUUGGAGGUUCAGGAUUUGGUGCUGGAAUAGGCUAUGGGGGAAGAAGAAGUUUGAGUGGUAUUUCUGGAGGACAGUCAGGUGGAGUAGGCGUUAGUGUCGGGGGAGGCAUUGGAAGUGGUGGUGUGAGUGGUAACUCUGGAGGGCAAUCAAGUGAAUUUGGAGGUGGAAGAGAUUGGAGUGGUAUCUAUGGAGGACAGUCAGGUGGAGUAGGCGUUGGUUUCGGGGGAGGCUUUGGAGGUGGUGGAGGUGGUGGAAGUGGUGGUAGCUCUGGAAGACAAUCAAGUGGAUUCGGAGGUUCAGGAUUUGGUGCUGUAAUAGGCUAUGGGGGAAGAAGAAGUUUUAGUGGUAUUUCUGGAGGACAGUCAGGUGGAGUAGGCGUUGGUGUUGGGGGAGGCAUUGGAAGUGGUGGUGUGAGUGGUAACUCUGGAGGGCAAUCAAGUGAAUUUGGAGGUGGAAGAGAUUGGAGUGGUAUCUAUGGAGGACAGUCAGGUGGAGUAGGCGUUGGUUUCGGGGGAGGCUUUGGAGGUGGUGGAGGUGGUGGAAGUGGUGGUAGCUCUGGAAGACAAUCAAGUGGAUUCGGAGGUUCAGGAUUUGGUGCCGAGAUAGGCGUUGGUGGUGGUAGAGACUUGAGUGGUAGCUCUGGAAGGCAUUCUGGUCUUGUAGCGGGUUCAGGAAUUGGUGUUGGGGUCGUCUAUGGAGGUGGUGGAGGUGGUGGAGGUGGUGGAGGUGGUGGAGGUGGUGGAGGUGGUAGUUGGAGUGAUAUCUCUGGAGGACAGUCAGGUGGAGUAGGAGUUGCAUAUAGAGGUGGUGGAAGUGGUGGUAGGAGUGGCAGAUCUGGAAUACAAUCAAGUGGAUAUGGAGGUUCAGGAUUUGGUGAUGGAAUAGGCGUUAGGGGCGGAAGAGAUUGGAGUGGUAGCUCUGGGGGACAGUUUGGUAGAGUAGGUGGUUCAGGAAUGAGUGUCGGGGUCGGCUAUGGACGUGGUGGAGGUGGUAGUUGGAGAGGUAGCUCUGAAGGACUAUCUUAUGGAGUAGGACUAUCAGGAGGUAAUAUCGGGGUAGGCACUGGAGGUGGCAGAGGUUUUGGUUCGGAGGGUAGCCUUGGAGGGCAGUCCGGCGGAUAUGGAAGCCGGGGAAUUGGUGCAAGUUUAGGCGCCUCUGGAGGUGCCAAUUGGGACAGUCUUUCUGCCGCGCCUUCUGCUUCCACUGGUUCAAGUGGUGGCGGUGGAAAAACAUUUCUCGGUGCAAGCGUGGCUGCGUCGGGCGCAGCUAGUACAGGUGCUGGCGGCGAAGGCCAAGAGGGCGCAGGACAGACUGCAACGGUUGGGGUAGUUUCUGCGGGCAGUGUCUCCCAAUCUGCAGCAGCUGGUUCUGAGGGUUCCUCAGAUCCUGAGAACACAGCUGGUGGUUCUUCAAGCAAAAGCUCCAAGCCUGGCGAUCUAAAAAGUUCUGGUCCAGGCGCGAGCGGUGUUUAUAAAAUCCAAGUUUAUAAAAGUGUUUCCAACGUCGUCGACGAAGGAAACGCUAUUUGCAAACAAUCCAAGGGAUCUUCUGAUGAUGGUGGCUCCGAAAAAUCUUCGUCGAAAGAAAACGAUGAUUAAGAAAGGGAAUAUGCAAUUAUUUUUCCUUUUAGUUUAGUAUUGUAUUUAGAUACUUUUCUCUUACAAGUAAGCACAGUGCCUGUGAUAAUAUUUAAUUUGCUUUAAGCAAUCUGAAAACAGCAGAGAGUAAAGUUAUGUAUAUUUGUUGUAAAAUAUUUCUGAAUAAAAAUAUUAUUUGUAAA